ACCAUUAAAAGUCCCUGCGAAAGCACAUGGAAUAGGAAUGAAGCAAGUACAGCGGUUGGCAACCAGCAGACGGCAGGUGUCGACAAGAGCAAGCGCCAUUUUCCAAAAAUUCCAUUUUACUCUCGAAUAUUUUCAAUUUAUUAGUUUGUCAUUCGUAUUUGUACGUGCGCAGUAUUAAACUUCGAGAACAAUGACGGAAGCUAACGAAUCGGUAAAUGCGAAAUCUCUCAUAAAUAAAAGAAGUAUUCUAACAAAAUUCGAGUCGCGAAUUUCCCAAUUUGAGCAACAAGAAACAUCUUUGUCCGAAUUAAAAUUACGCGUAAAAGAGAUAGAAGAAACAUGUGAAUUUGAAAAAAACUAUUUCAGGGUAGUUGCUAAAGCUUAUACAGCUUAUAAGAGUUACUAGAAAAGCUUGCGAUGGCAAACAGACAAACCGAAAGUCGAAUUCAACAAACAAGCAAUUCUAAUAAUGUACUUCCUAAUUUACCAACAAGGAAUGUUCCAUUUUUCUCGGUCUCUUAGGAGCGUUGGAUGCUAUUUUUCAAAAGAUAUGAGUCAGUCAUAGCCAAUUAUGUUACACCUCUUCUAUGAAAUCAAUAUACGUAGUGCCCCUUCUAGUCGCUAGGUGGCACCACAGCUUUAAAGCAGAGCCAAAAAACUGUGGAAUAAGUUACCAUGAUGGCACAUGGUCAUUUUUAUUCGGCGUCGGUGUUUUCAGCUUUUUUCAGCGUUUUUGGAAGUUAAAUGGAGAAGUACAAGUUAGAUUUACGUUAUUCCUUAUCGGAUGAAGAAAGAGCCUACCUAUGACGAAAGAUUAAAUCUUUCCGUCCGCGAUUACAUAAUCGCUAGUGGCGUGGUUCCCAUCAACGAGAUUUUCUCACAAUUGGGAGACGAUUUCUUCAUCGUCCGAGUUCCGAUCGGAAUCCCCAGAACUCGAAAGACCCCCAUCUUUCCCACUUAUACGACAGCAGUCGUAUGUAAGUGUUUCACAAUUGGAAGCAAUCCUUUUGUGAGGGGGUUGGCCAUACAUAUGGUUUUAUAUUUUUUCGACAUCGAAAAAAUAGAGUUUUCUGGCUCGUCCGGCUAUGGAUGAGGCGCCUGGGAUACUGGGACAUAAUGAACAAUUUUUUAUGGCUGUUGGAAUGCACUUACUCCAACGUAAGUAUAUUUUUCAGGCCCUUCGAUUAAUUCUGAUGUCAUUGUUGAGCCCCUUGAGACGGAUUUAGAGCAAAAUGGCCUUUAAGCUAUGGGGUCGAUAGUCCCAACACAAAGUUUCACGUGUCAUGACAUUUUGGCAAGGCAGAUUAAUACCUUUUUGAAAUCCGGUGUGUCCGACGAAGAUUGUCUCAGUGACCUUUUGCGUUAAUAUCCUGUGCCGAAGAAUUGCCGGCUCAAUAACUCUCCUAAAUUGAAUGUGCAGAUGAAAUCUGCCAUCAACAAAGGUGGAAAGAAAAGGGAUGAGAGACUGACUGCAACAAGGGCUGCUUUGAUGGUGGUUGCUAGGGCGCUCUCGACCUUGCUUUUGAAACCUGUUAAGGAUGAGUAGUACUUACUUCUCAUCGAAACGUUGAGUAAUGCAAUAUUUGUUUUAAGCAAAAUACACCAUUUAGGUUCAGUAUAUAGAAGUUCAGCCGCGUUAAGCCUUUCGCUGGUCUCAAAUGAAAUGCAGCCUUGUAUGAAGGAAGUGCUUGUUGAUGCUUCUUUGCACUCUUGUUUAUUUGGAGAGGAUUGGCCGAUAGGCUCAAAUCAAUCAGAUUAGCUGCAGAUUACAGAACAAGGCUUUUAUAGCAUACGAAUUUAAACUCGACCGUCCCACUUCGUUCCCGGAAGUUCCAAGGCUGAAGUGGGUGAAAGUCAUUGUACCCUCAAGAGACGGAAUACAGGAAGGUUCGAGAGGAAAGGGGGAGGAGUUGUGUCCCCAGGAAAAAAUAGACUUAAGUGCAAGACAUAAAAGGAGGAAAACGAAAGACAUUAGCGAUCAAUAUUCAUCCUACGGGUUACUUUUUGCAGCCAAAACAAACCUACGUUCUGAAGGAUAUACGGAUUUUGCAAAGGUCAUAGAAUAUCUCAUGGAAAACCCAAGCCAAGCCAAAGAAGUAAGAGAAUUUUGCCAGACUAGCAGGCACAGUGUUAAAAAUAUUUCGGGAGAAAAAGCGUGUUAAUUCAAAGAUGUCAAAACACCAAUACAAUACUCUACGACAAUCCUUAAUCCUCGAAAAUAUGAACCAUUUUCCUUCAUACUAUGCCAUACAACAGACUAAAUUAGAAUCUUAUCCACCCAAAGAAUAUAUCACUAUAACAGAGGUAUCAGCAUCUGUUAAACUUCAGGCUCUUUUAGACCAUACCCUUUUAAGGAUAUUGAAAACUGUGGAAUGUGUUACGUCUAGCAAUGAUAUUAUUUUAGUUAGUAAAUGGGGUUUUGAUGGCGCAUCCGGGCAAAGUACUUAUAAGCAAAAGCUAACUUCAGGUGAAGAUUCGAGCAUUUUUAUUUCCAGUUUGGUACCCAUAAAACUGUACAAUGUAAAAAACGACACUAUUAUUUGGGAAAAUAAAGGACCAUCUUCGACUCGUUAUUGCCGUCCACUAAGAUUUACAUUUGUUCAUGAAACCCCAGAGGUAAUAAGAAAAGAAAAAAAAUUAAUUGACAAAGAAAUUGAGAAUCUUCAAGCCACCCAAACAAAAUUCGGGCUAAUAGGGCACAAAUUACUUUUUGCUAUGAUAGAUGGUAAAAUAUGUAAUACCCUUACAAAUACAUCUUCUAUGUGUUGUUAUAUUUGUGGAGCUAAACCAAAAGAGACUAAUAUCUUAAACAAAAUUUAUCAAAAACAACCGGACGAAACAUGUUAUUCUUUUGGUAUUUCGAGCUUGCAUGCUUGGAUUAGAUGCAUGGAAUGGAUGUUGCAUAUUUCGUACAAUUCAGAUUUUAAGAGAUGGUCGUGUACUACUACAGAGCAUAAAAAUUUAAAAGCUACAAGGAAGGCCAGAAUACAGGAACACUUAAGAAAUGAAUUAGGUAUUUUAGUUGAUGUGGUAAAACAAGGGGUUGGUACCACGAAUGAUGGAAACGCGGCAAGAAAGUUUUUUUCCGACUGUUCCACAACUUCUAAAAUAAUAGGCAUCGAUUUUACAUUGCUUGAAAGGAUUAAAAUAAUCCUGCAAACCCUUUCAUGUACCGAAGAAAUAUGCCCUUUAAAAUUUGAUCUCUAUACAGCCCAGACAGCUAAGUUAUAUGUUUCUCUUUACGACUGGUAUUACAUGCCCCCUUCAGUCCAUAAAAUUCUAGUUCACGGAGCAGAUAUUAUAAGAAAUUUUGUGGUACCAAUUGGAAAGCUCUCAGAAGAAGCCUCCGAAGCUAGACAUAAAGAAUUCAGAAACGUCAGGGAGUUUCAUGCAAGAAAGACCAAUAGGAGGGCUACAAAUGAAGAUAUAUUACACAAUUUAUUACUUUGGUCUGAUCCAUAUAUAUCACAUUUAUCUAACAAUGGCUACGAAAGAAAAUCGUGCUUGCCGCUAGAGGUCAAAAGCCUUCUCAAAUAAAAUAGUGUUUCAUAUUGGCAUAUGUUAAAUGAAUUAUUAAAGUAAUAUUAUAUUUAGUUAGUUACUUAUUUUCCGUUAAUUUUUAUUAACUUUUAAAUAUUUAUUAAAAUUCU